CUUGUUAAAUAGAAGAUAUUGUGAUUUUUAAAACUGAUGCAAUAAAAUACGGAAAAAUGCCUAACAGUCAUUUAAAUCUUGUUUUGACAAUAUCUUCAAAUUUUAUUAACUAAAAGAGAAGGAAUAUCAUUUUAAGGUUCAUUUUGGAAGGUGCAUCUGUUCUGCUGUGAUCACCAGCUGUAUCACGUCUCACAAUUUCACCCUCAUAACACAGUCCCCUUAAAAUGUAUCAUUAUCAGAACCAAUUCUGCGAUCUUCAUGUAUAACUUGAGGUUUGCAAGGAUAGCUUGUUUUUUGGCAUGUUCUCGUGGUUGAAGAAAUUCUUAAGUUCAUCAGUCCAGCUGCCCCCUGCUUGAAAUUACUCUUCCCUGCAGCAGGGCUGGCAGACUGAACUCAAGACUAAAGGAAGGAGGAACAUAAUAAAAUGUCACCUGAAGUGGCCUUGAACAGAAUUUCUCCAGCACUUUCGCCCUUCAUUUCCAGUGUGGUCAGAAAUGGAAAAGUAGGACUAGAUGCUACUAAUUGUUUACGGAUUACAGACUUGAAGUCUGGCUGUACAUCCUUGACCCCUGGACCCAGCUGUGAUCGUUUUAAACUACAUAUCCCUUAUGCGGGAGAAACACUCAAAUGGGAUAUAAUUUUUAAUGCUCACUAUCCUGACCUGCCACCUGAUUUUAUCUUUGGAGAGGAUGCUGAGUUUUUGCCAGAUCCUUCUGCCUUGCAUAAUUUAGCUUCCUGGAAUCCUUCAAACCCUGAAUGCCUCCUGCUUGUUGUGAAAGAGCUUGUGCAGCAGUAUCACCAAUUUCAGUGCAGCCGAUUGCGGGAGAGCUCUCGGCUCAUGUUUGAGUAUCAGACUUUACUGGAAGAGCCCCAGUAUGGAGAAAACAUGGAAAUCUAUGCUGGCAAAAAAAACAACUGGACUGGAGAAUUCUCGGCUCGCUUCCUCUUGAAGUUGCCUGUUGAUUUCAGCAAUAUUCCUACAUACCUGCUCAAGGAUGUGAAUGAAGACCCUGGAGAAGAUGUUGCGCUUCUCUCCGUUAGUUUUGAGGACACGGAAGCUACUCAGGUUUUUCCUAAGCUGUACCUCUCCCCACGUAUUGAACAUGCGCUUGGAGGAUCAUCUGCUCUUCACAUCCCAGCCUUUCCUGGUGGAGGUUGUCUCAUUGACUAUGUACCCCAAGUAUGCCAGCUGCUAACAAACAAGGUACAAUAUGUUAUUCAGGGAUACCAUAAGAGAAGAGAGUACAUUGCAGCUUUCCUGAGUCACUUUGGAACUGGUGUGGUGGAAUAUGAUGCAGAAGGAUUCACAAAGCUUACUCUGUUGCUGAUGUGGAAAGACUUUUGCUUCCUUGUUCACAUUGACCUACCCCUGUACUUUCCUCGAGACCAACCAACCCUAACAUUUCAGUCUGUCUACCACUUCACUAACAGUGGCCAGCUGUACUCCCAGGCCCAGAAGAAUUACCCAUACAGCCCCCGAUGGGAUGGCAAUGAAAUGGCCAAGAGAGCAAAGACAUAUUUCAAGACGUUUGUCCCUCAGUUCCAGGAGGCAGCAUUUGCUAAUGGGAAGCUUUAGACAGCUUCAGGCAUGGAAACUAUACUGGACAGAUCCUUCAGUCUGCACAUGGUCAGCCCAGAAGAAUGCCUGGAAAUGAGUUGGAAUGUCUUGAUAGGUGCUUUCUUGCCUCUGAACUGGUUUUGGUAGCUUCAGUUUUUGAAACAGAGACCUCACUAGCAUGCUUAGAACUGAAUAAUUGGUAUUAGUCCUGCCCCUUUGCGUUUGCCACCACCAUUCCUUUCUAUAUCUAUUGGAUUAAAUUUAAAAGGGCGUGUAUUGAUAUGAUAACACUUUCUUGUGCCAACAAUGUCCUGUAUGUUAUGCCUUGUUUCCUGGUCUUCAGAUGGUCUAAAUUGGAUUGGUUUUCCAUGGAAAUAUGAUGUAAUGUGUAUAUUUAGUUAAACAUUUUCAGCUUAUCCUAAGAAAACAUAAAACUGCCGUAUGUACCGGGAAUGCCUAACGGACUGUGGAGUGCCAUAUUCUGCCUUGGAGGUUUGUGCUCACUGUGGUUGUUGCUCUCACAGGUAUGGAUAUGAGUUGCACACUUCAAUUCUCAGUGCCUUUCCAGUUGGUCUGAAGUUAAUAUGGCAAGGUGUUUGAGGUUUGGUGGUUUUUCUAAUGCUUCUGUUGAAAGCUCGUCUUAUGUGAAACGUUAGGCUUUUAUGCUUUGUUUUUAUUUCCAGUUGUAAAAUUUUGGUGUUUUCAUAAUGAGAGCCCCUUGCCAUUAUGAAAAAGUUCUACUUCUUUAGUACCAACAUGCAAGUAACUAGUUAUAUAAAUCAAUAUAACUAAAUAAAACUCUUUCUUAGGCGUGUAAUUUUUCUAAAUAAGAUAAGUAUUGCUAAGAAACAAACUUUCAACAAAGGAAUGAAUGAUGUCUUGGAAAAUAGCUGAUGAAAUAAUGUAGGGCUAUAGGUAUUUAGCUUAAUGCUUAAGUUCAGCAUAUCUUCUCAGAAAAUAUUUUUAAGUGUAUAUAACUGGAAACAUUACCUCCCCUAAUUCUGAAAUGCCAAAUGCAAAAUCCCACCUAUUCAUCCUUUCUUUCCUGCUUGUGUCAGGCACACCAGUUGGGACUAAUGGUCAUGAUGUCACUUCCCCAAUUAAUUUGUGAAUAGACCAAGGUACUUUCCAGUAAGGAAUAAAAUUAACAGUGUGUUGCUUAUAAAUGGUAUCUGGAAAAUGUGCCCUACUUCUGCUAAAUACAAGGAACUAAAUGAAUAGCAUACAGAUAAUACAGUGGAACUGGAAAACAUUUAAUUUUAAAUUAUUCACUGUAGCAUCACAUGCAAGGAAGUCUCGUCUACUUGAUUGGCAGUAUUCUCCUAUCCUUUCUACAACUUGUUAUUUCGCAUGAAAAAUAAUGCUUUUCAGGGUUUAUAUUCACCUAGGUAAUACAGAUGGAUUUUGAGUAGUGAAGCUUAAUAAUUAAGAAUUAUGCAAAUAAUUUGCCUCUAGAAACUACAAGUAUUUUUAGCUAGUUUGUGGGCAAAAUUUAAUUUAUGUUCAAUACUGAAGUUCUUGGCUGAAAAUUAAGCUGCAAACAAAAUCAGAAGUUUUAUUGUAAGUCUGCAGACAAGGCAUAUUCUGUCCUGUGACCCACCCCUUUGUGAUUUUUCAUUGCAUUAUCAGAGGACUGUCAACAGUUUCAAAGGCCUGAGCCUGAAUUCCCUCUUUGGAGACACUGCAUGAGGCUUUUGCAUGCUUAGAGCAGAUGUGGAAGGUAAUGGUUUUUUGUGAAGAGCAAAAUCAUAACUGAAGAACCUCAAGUGACUAAGAACAAAAUAUUGUUUAGUGUACUAGGAUAAUCUCACGUCUGCAUUUAUUCAGGGGAAGGCCAAAGCCACAGACACAUAUUCAAGAAUAAGCCAGCCUUGUGAAUGUGGUGGGAGAAGGAGGGUGGCUAAUGAAAAACAUUUGUUCUCAUAGUGUUAAAAAUCUGAUAGAAACAAUCUCUAGCCAUCUUCAAAAGGUAUAAACCAAGCCCUUAAGUUGCAUCAGCACAUUCCUGGAAUCUUACAUUUUAUAACUUUGAUUCAGUGUUGUACUGAUUGCCCCAUGAGCACAGUGUGUGCUUUACAUACUGAUUGCCCAAGUGGCGACAGUGUUUUGUUGUUUGGUUUUUUUUAUUUUUUUCAGAAGUUAUCAUAAUUCAAAGGCUUUGCAAAAUAGUUUGUAAAGAGGUCCACUCUUCAGAAUUUAGAUUUAUCCUCAACCAAAAAUGCAUCCUUCACCUCAGUCCUAGUCAUUUUGGACAAUGAACUGCUUUAUUAUUAAAGAGUUUUAGAAGCCGUGUAAGAAAAUAUUUUGAAGGUACAAAAAGCCUAAACCAGCAAUUCAUUGUGUUGAAUUCAAUAGUUUCACCAACUUUUCACUAACAUACAUAGAAACAAAUCAGUAGUUUGUCUAAUUUUAACGUCAUGCUACAAUUGGUAGUAUUUUGAAAAAAACAAGUUAGAAAAGAUGAAAAACUGUACUGUUUGUAUUUAAGAUAAGCUUAUCCAUUUUCAGAUUAGAAGAAAAGGCAUUUUUGUUACACUUAAUGAACUUUUUAUUUCUCUUUGACCUAUGUGGUAUUUUAUGGAUCCCUUUCUAAUAGUUGUCAGAAGUAUUGAGAGUGUUAGCUCUCCAAGUGGGGUGUUGAGAGGAGAGACACUGAAACGAAUGGAAACUUCUCUCCAGGAGAAUUACCAUAUAAAUGCUAUACCAGAAGAGAGGGUUCAUUUGAAUAAUUUUAUAUCAAACCAAGUAUCCAUUGAAGGCAUUUAAGUUAGCCACGGAAGUUGGGAUCUAAUGAGUUGGAGUUAUUUCUGUUAUCUCCUGUUUUAUUAUAAUUUCCAUUGUGGCCAGUUUAACGGCACUGAGACUCUCAGCACUUCCUUCCCUAUCAUGUGAUGAAUGCAAUUGAAGGGAGCAGUCAGACCUAGGCUAUUUUCCUUGGCUUAUGAGAACCACAAAACAGGAGAAAAAUAGCCAUGUUGCAAACGUAUCAAAAAGCUUAAACUCUACACUGUCCUAGUUUUGACUGAAAGAAUGUGGGAAGUCUUGAAUUACUAAGCCCUGCUAAUGCAUGGUUUUCCAAAGGUCCUUAAAUCACAAACUAAGAGUCAAGCAUUCAUCUGCAUACAUAAUCCACUAUCCUAGAAGUAAUGCCAAAUCUUAUGGAUUCAAAGUCAGACUUUUUGUCAACUUGCUGGAAAGACUGGAUAAACACCUGGAAGAAUAAAUAAAAGGUAACUAUACCAUACAUCGUUUAGCCUUCAUUGAUCUUUCCAUUGUGCUGGGCACUGCUAUGUUGAUUGGUGCUUUUCAUUAUUGUCACUGUCCUUGAACAUCCUCCCAUUCAUACAGAGAGCAGACUUGAGUCAGUUUUUGAGAAGAGAUCAUUGCUGGAGCUAGCACGGAUCUCGUGUGCAUUGUUAAACCUUCCCUAGGGAUGUUUCUCUGUAUGUUCCCUUUCUCUCAUCCUGUCUGGAACCUACAGCAAUAAGCAUCUUUGGUGAAUCAGUCAGUGAAUGAGAUUUUAGCCGUGAAGUGCAGUACUGAAGUCUCAUUUCAGGUAGUUUUACACAGAGACUUCUUAUCUAGGAAAGAGAUGAUUAAAUCUUGAGUACCCUUCAUUGAGCAGUACCCCCUAAUACAAGACUGGGGUUUAGCAGAGCUCAGAAAUCUGUUGAAGUGAUGAGUCUGUGUCAGCAGAAGGCAACAGAAACCUGUAGCAGCACAUGAGGGUCACCAGUGCAGGUCUGAAAUAUAUUUCUAGUACCAUGUCUAUGCAGCAGUGACACGGAGAAGAAGGAGAGAGUCCUCUGUAGUGCAGAAGGGAGUUUCUCACCUCUCUAGCUCUGUGAGAAGAAUGUGCAGCAAGGAUGUAGCAAGCUUUGGACACAACUCAUGACCACUGUUAUUAAUUAUGGGGUGCUGUUUCCUUGCCCUGCAAAGCAAAUGAAGUCUGUGACCAAACUGAACUGCCAGUGAACACUCUUCCCUUAAAUUAUUUGUCUCUGUAAUUGAUGCAUUAUAACGCUCAUUAAACCUGAAAGUUACUCUUCUUAAAUGUUACUGAAAAUCCCUUAAGUAAUCUCCUUUUCAGUUUUUAUUUUCAGGCCUCUGUCCUCUUCUGGAACAAUUUUGCUUCAUCCUUACUAGUUACUGCUAUUUUUAGCAAACUUGAGUUCUUUCUUUUAACAGGCAACAAGGUGUAUGCCAAGAUCUUGUGGGCCUACAUUAAAUAUAGAAUUAUUUGCUGUAAAAA